AUGUCCUUCGGACGUUCCAAGCGACUUCGUUCUGCUCCUCAGGGAUCCUCGAUGGUCGUCCACCGAAAAUGUCUCGUUUCCGACCUUCCCGACGAACUUCUGUUGCAAAUCUGCCUAUACAUCGCGAAUAUGGACGAGGAUCCUCCAAUGCCCAAUUCCUUGCACGACACCCCGGACGACAUCCAAAAGUUGAGGCGUCACGCGCUUGUCAAUAUCUGUCAAGCUUCUCGAGUAUGUCGACGAUGGCGCAACUUCAUUCUGGGGGAGCCGGCGAUCUGGGGCGGUAUCAUCGACCUCAAUUGCCUCGAGCAGAGGAGGGGGAUCUGGAGAAGGCAGGUGUUGGACAGGACACGGAAGGAGACGCGGAACGCCGACCUCUACGUGAAAGGUGUUGUCAAACACGAGGACCCCCUCGUCCCCUUUCUUCACACCUUGCUUGGUGAUCCUAGGUUUGGAGACACCAAGUAUUCGAUCAGGAUUACCAAAAUAGACAUCACCGUCUGCGAUGCAGACCUAUACGAGGAAAUCGGCAGACUUUUUAGCGACUGUCCCCUUCCAAAACUUCGAACCCUGAGGUUGAUGCUGAGGAGCUUCAACGCCUGCAACGGUGACGAAGAAGUCCGUACGCCGGCGAUUCUUCACCCCGACACCGCCGCCCUCCGCCAUUUCGAAUCCAAUGUCCUAUCUUUCCAUCCAGACGCCAAGAUGCUGUCUGGUCUCCGGAGCCUUCGCAUAUCCUACCGCGAACAACUUCAACUACCAUUCACCCUGGACGACUUCGCCGUCGCUCUCUCUAAAAUGCCAUUACUCGAAUCACUUCAGAUAUGCGAUGCUUUCCAGUCCCUGCAGGUGGAUGGCCAAAACCCUUCUCUACCCCAAAUCUACCUACCACACUUGCGCCGGAUGACCAUUUUUCACGAGCGCGAAUGUUUUCCUCUCCUAGAUGCCAUAACACCCCACCCCGAAUGUUCCAUCAAUUUACGCAUCUCCGAACUCGUCCAGGACAGAAUUAUCAUCCUUCGAAACGCGCUGUCGCGUUAUGUGGGGGAAUUCGCCAAAAGACACAUCGCAACCACGCUCCUCGUCCAUGCAACCCAUUCAAAUAUCAACAUCCGCCUAUCCUCGGCCCCCAACACAGAUGCACCCGAACCAACAUUUUCUUUCGAAAUCGACUUCAUGUCCGAGACCUAUUCCCCAGACUACCUUCUAGGCUCCCUGACGGCCUGCGACCUUGGACUAGUCACCGACCUGGACUUGGACUUGUCUAGGACGAUGAAGUUUCCGAACACACCUUCGCAUGAAAUCCAGGAGUUCGUUGCGCGGCUCUCGGGUGUCGAAACCCUCAGUACUAAUAUGCGGACCAUCGAUUUCCUCGAUGAAUUACCUCCACAAGAUCGCCCAAUCCUCCCUUCUCUAAAAAUUCUAAAACUCACUUCCCUUCUCGUCUUCUACGGCUGCGUCGUCGUUGAUGAUGACAACAAUCCAAUCACACUCAAGAUCGACGCCAAUCUCCUCAUCGAUUUCCUGUCGGUCCGGAAGGGUCAACUUCAAGAGCUCGAUCUCACGCGAUGUGCGCUGGAAGACAACGUACGCUUCCUCGAGCGCUUCUCCGGGCUUAGAAUUACUUGGUCGGAACACGGCAAACAGGAGGAACACGUUUGCGGUUCUGGGGAGGACCCUCGUCGACUGGACUUUGGGCACCCGUAUGAAGACCCCGCAUCGGCAAAACCACGCCGAAGGCAAAAGAGAAUGUAUCCGUGGGCACGUUGGGAUCCACCAGAGACGGCUUCUUCAUGA